CAGGGCCAAUAUGCUUCGUUCCGUCUGAAAUCCGCACAGGUUCUCCAGCCUAAUUCCAAAACAGCUUGGAUAACAUCUCCGUUUAAGCUGAGGGUCUUUACCGAACGAAGAGUAUGUGUCAAAGCGUCAAAGAUAACCGGUGUCUUGUUCCCACUUUCCCUUUUUCAAAGUUGCACAGCCUUUUCCUUGGCAUAACUAGAGAGGGGGCAACCAGUCUUCUUCCGCGUGCUGUAUAAAGGCCGUAAGUCAACGUCAGCUGGGUUUUCCAAUACUGCAGAAUUACAUCAUUGUGUGCCAACCCACCUAACCAAAAGCGACCCAAAGAAUCUCUUCAAUUUGUCCUCAAUUUCAUGUGGCACACGGAACAUGGUGAUGAAGCCGAGGCUGUCGUCCGUCAAUAUCGAUUGGUUGAAAUCGAGCGUCCAUCUGUAUAGGAGCAAAUGACAAUGGUGAUUGAUUUCAAUGGCUAUUCCCAAGAUUAGCGUCUCGUUUUCUGGUUGUGGUUUCUUGGGGUUGUAUCAUGUGGGUGCUCUGGCUUGUUUUAAUGAUUACAAGCAUAAAGUUCACAUCGAGCAUGCCUUAGGGGCAUCGGCUGGAGCCUUGGUCGCGUUAGCCGCUAUCGUAGAUAUUCCCACAGAAAUCCUAAAGAAGAGAUUCACUCAAAUCGUCAAGGAUGCAAACAGUUUGCCCUUUGGCGCGUUCAAUCCCAAAUUCAACGUGACCAAACUGUUUCAAGACGAAUUGGGAGCCCAACUUCCCGAAGACGCUCAUGAGCGGGUCUCAGCCCGAUUAACUGUAUCGCUGACGGAUCUCUCGAUGCAAAAUAAGCUAGUCUCUAACUUCGAAACGAGGAAGGAUCUGAUUGACGCUGUGAUAUGCUCUUGUUACCUGCCCGCCUUCUCCGGAUACGAGAUCCCGAACUACAAGAAUCAAUCGUUCUUGGACGGAGGUUUUACGAAUAAUCAGCCCACUUUAAGUGACAAGACCCUACGUGUGAGUCCGUUUGCCAGUCGGAGUCAUAUUUGCCCUGUGGAUGAACCCGCUGCUUAUGCUAAUAUCAUAUCCACUUCGAGAAUUGGACCCGAGGAAGUAGAGGUCUCCACCAUGAAUGUCAAAAGACUUCUCAAAACGUUUCUACCCGCCGAGGAUCUGGAGAUUCUCUAUCAGGAAGGAUAUGACAACACCAAAGCGUAUCUUGAGAGUGCAAGUAUUAAGAAUCAUUUUAUUAGUAACUCGGUUAAAUCUGAGGACGACAGAGCAAAUGGGUCAUCAUGCCCUCAGAAUAAUGGAACUGCCCCCAACAGCCAUUCAUCAUCAACACCAUCUUCUUAGUUUAAAAGAAGAUGGAUGACUUUCCCCC